GCCACCACACGUUCAUCGAGAACAGCGGAUGCAUGAUGGAUGCCAAGCUGACAGAGUCCAGGUCCAGGUUCAUGUCCAGGAUACAGGAUGACAAGUUACAAUUUCAGAUAGAAGCAUUCAGAUUUGAGCAAGAUUCCAGCGGAAUGAUCUACAUCACUUGUCAUUUGAAGGCUACUACCACAUCCAGUCCCACUGAUACAAUGAACAAGGCCUGCUCAUUUGUUAAAGUAACAAACAGCUGGACUGCUGUGAAUGGAGACAAUCAGGUGUGUGGCUGUUGUGAGAUCAGCUGCGUCAUGAGGAAGGGCAGAAGUCUGGAUACUGACGAUUCCACGUUGGAAGAUGAGGCUACUAUUGGACCGAUUUUUAUCCAUGAACGGCUACCAAUGGAAGAUGAGCAUUUAUUGCAAAUUCAAGAGUCUUCUCAGGUGUCAUCACAACAUGCAGGCGGAGGGUGGACCAACUCCAGGGAAAAUUACUGACCCCGAACUUGUGAAAGAGUUCUCCAUCGAAUUGAUGCUCAUGACUGGUUUGGUAUUUGCAAUUGGAUUUUUGUGUGUCAUUAUCCUUGGAACACUGUUUUACCAAAGGCGGCAGAAACGGCUUGCGUUGAUUUGUGAAUGACAAUAAAAGCCGUUUUAUCUAA